UAAUUAUUUAAAGAGAGUUUAUUGGCUUAUAAGUCAUAACACACUUAACUUGAAACAUUUUUCGUAUUGACAAUGAGAAACGAACCCAUUCCUGAGGUGGACAUGAGAACGGUGGCCCAAAAUGCAGAGGUUCAGCGCAAGGGCAUUCUGGGCUUUGCUCCCCGGAUCGGAAUGGUGAUCGUGGACUACGACGAUCUGGACAGGAUCGAUAACUUCUAUCUGGAGAGCCAGAAGUACCGGGACUACUAUCGGGAUCCACACAAUAUGUUACACAAACCGCCGCGUUUCCACCAGCACCAGGGAAAAUGCGGCAUCAAGCUGGACCACAGUGUCCAACAUUUUACCCAGCCGAUCCAGUGGGUCGAGGAGCGACGCCCACUGGUGUAUCCUCUUUCCAAAGACACCGCCAUGAGGCUGGGCAUGCCAAUCUCACCCAUGAUCAGAGGGCGAUAUGACAAGUCCUCAUCCUCUUCCUUCCUUCGCUAGACCAAGAGGGUUCCCUACGUUCGCAGGCGAGCUGAGGUCCUUUGCAAGGACUAUGCUUUGUUUUGAUGAAGGCAUCUGGUGGACCCAAUGGCAUUUGCAAAGGAUCUGAGCUCAUCUGACAACAUGCAUCUUCAUCCAAUGAGGCAGUGCAUCUGCAGCAGCGUCUCAAAAGCCUGAGCACCGAGCUGGUUACUCUGCGAAAUCGACUGCAUGUGGGUCAAGGACCUGGUCAGGGUCAGAACCAGACCC